AGGGAAGCGAGGCUUGCCUUGUUCUCGAUCUCCGUGCUCUCGUCGUCAUCCUUGGACCUUGUUGCUAUCUCGUGGGGAUAUGUAACAAGAGUCUCUCCUCCUAUCUUCAGUCUCUCCAUUCAUAGCCUUUGCAUUCUGCAGUCUUCAGCGACCUAGUCCCUGUCCAAAAAGAUCAUCACAUUGUCGUUCUGCUCCCCACGUCCGCCGCGUUGAAGCUGGUUUCAUACACCUAUAUAUCAGUCUCAUCACGUCCACGCUUUGCUUUGCUUUGCCUGUCAAACAUCAGCUUCUGCAUUUCUCUUCCUCGUCUGCACACCUUGUCCUGCCCUGAGAGAACUUGGUUCUCGUCAAUCUGUCGCCAUGACUGCCAUGGUCGCACAUCCUAGCACCCUUUGGCCACAGGAACAAAGACGUUCCAGUCAAGCCGUGAACAUGCCACCAGUGGGCAUGCCAAAUAUGGCUCCCACGUCCCAGCCGCCAACCUCAAGAUCCUAUCAGACAAACCAAGUCGAGCUCAGCAUGCCCAUGUUUUCAACAAACACGUCCAUGGCCCCGUCGUUGAGCUACCAAUCGGGCUCGUAUGGAUUUGACCUUUCAUCCAUGAACCAGUUCCCAGUCCAGCAGCCGAUGAACUUCUCUUAUCAGCCACAAAUGCAACAGGCACCAUCGUUUCCCCAAACUUCAGGCGAAAUGACCCCUUCCGUCACAGUCACGGACUCACGACCUAGCGCUCCUGCGACCCACCGAAGUCCUACCGUCAAGGUCGAACCUUCACCCGUCGACCGGAUGCAUGGGCAGACGUUCCCGGCAGCUACGUCGGUGCAAGAUCGCCUUUCGACUGUACCAGUCGAAACCACAGAGACACCCGGCGGCGUGUCUUUCCACACCGAUAUCGACUGCCUCAUGCGGACCAUACAGGUCAAGACCAAGUCGAGCAACACAUCAGCGCAACCAACUCAGCCAGCACCAGUCACGGCACCCGAUGCGAAGCAGACGAAGUCGAGGAAGCGAUAUCAGUGCAGCAUGCCCAAUUGCAACAAGAGCUUCUACCAGAAGACGCAUCUCGAAAUCCAUACCAGAGCACACACCGGUGUCAAGCCUUUCUUGUGCAAAGAACCGUCGUGUGGGCAGCGCUUCUCUCAACUUGGCAACCUCAAGACCCACGAAAGACGACACACGGGGGAGCGACCUUACCAGUGCGACAUUUGUGGCAAGUCGUUCGCCCAGCGUGGCAACGUGCGCGCGCACAAGAUUGUUCAUCUCCAAAUCAAGCCGUUUACCUGCAAACUCGAUGACUGCGGAAAGCAAUUCACCCAACUAGGCAACCUGAAGUCUCACCAAAACAAAUUCCACUCCAACACACUUCGAUACUUGACUCAGAAGUUCGCCACCAUCAAAGAAGGUGACCCGGUUACCUACCAAGACAAGGAACUGUGGGAAUACUUCGCCGAGCUCUACAAGAACUCAAACAAGGGUAUCAAGGGUCGAGGAAAGGACCGGAGGAUUUGGACGGUGUCUUCGUCCAGCGCUUCCACUUCUUCUUACUCCUCGACCAAGCCGUCACGCAUGAGCCAGGACGACCGGAGCAGUCGAUCGUCCUCAUACAUGUCUGCGCACGAGAUGACCCAGUACCACAUGCAUGGUCCGCAGCAGGCCUCGUUUGAGGACCACUCGAACUAUGGCAACAUGGUCUUUCCGGACCGGUAGCCUCGGGGAACCUGUCACGGCCGACUUUUAACGAGACUUCGGACGUCAUGAAUUGAUAUGAAAAUUUUUGUUUUUCCUUGUUAUGCUCGGACAGAUUAUACUGUACUAAUACAAACUAUGAUGAGAGCUCGGGGGGUUUUGUAUCUUGGGCUACGGAUAAUACGUGCCAUUCGAUCGGCAUGACCCGAUCGAAGAGCGACGGUGGUGCUGCGUGUGGGGAUAAUUAUUCUUCACGAUUCCUGAGAAGAGACCUGCUGUGAUGCAAACAGGGCAGAGUGACCUAGCACCUUGUGAGCGACACUGCUUGUCUUUUUCGGAUGGCCGAGAGGCCACUUGAUAUGUUCAACAGUACGAUGUGAACAGAACUUCGGCUGGCCCGAACACAGCGGUAUUGUGAAGAUUUUUUGUGACGAUAUUGCUGAUACCCUUCUUGUUGUGUGAAUUUUAUAAUGAUAAACAAUUUAUUGAAGGCUAGUUGGUG